AUGAAAAAACGGACUAUCAAAGUUGAGAAAAAAAUUGGUCGAAAGAAACCAAAACUCGCUGAAAUGGACAGUGAAGCUGAUAGUAAUACAAGUGAAGAGCUGCUUAAUGAAACAAAGAAUAGCGUUUCAUUCUUAGACGUUGAUGAUGAUGAAGAGGACGAGUCAGACAAAGAGUUACAAAUUGCUCUUCAAGAAGGUUUGCUAAAGUCUGAUGCGCUUAAUUAUGUCGUUGAGAAAAAGCGUCCUCCAGUAAAUAAAGUAGAACAGUUGCGUGCUAAGCUUGAAAAAUUAAAAAAGGAACUUCCUUGGCUGGAAACACUGGACGUAGACGUGGAAGAGGGAACUUUAGAGGAUGGCAAAAUAGAAAAUGAUUUCGAACGUGAACUGAAUUUCUACAAGCAAGCGGAACAAGCUGUAAAAGUUGCUGUACCUCGCCUGUUAGAGAUGGGUGUCAAGGUUUUUCGACCUGCGGAUUAUUAUGCGGAGAUGGUCAAAGGUGACGACCAUAUGCAAAGAGUACGCAAGAGAAUUCAGGCUGUGGAAGAGGGGAAAGAACGGCAGGAGAAGUUUAGGAGAUUACGCGAAGAAAAGAAAUUUGCUGCAAAAGUACAAAGAGAAGGGAAUGGAGAUGAAAACUAUCGUGAUUUGCGACGGAAAAGGAAAAGAAAUGAGAAAACUGGCAAAUUAAGUCGUGCAGCUAGAAACAGAAAGUUUGGUAUGGGAGGAAAAAAAAGGGGGCUAAAGCGAAAUACAAGAGAAAGCUUUUUUGACGAUGGAAUGUCAAGAAGCGGAGCAACGAAAGGGAGUGUAGAUCGUAAAGGCCUGAGCCGUAAGGGUCGUCGGUAG